UGGAGCUGUCUUGGAAAUAAUGUUGCUAGGUUACUCAGCAGUGACUGGUACAACAGUGCGAUUACUUCACUGUGUAAGCAUUAAGGAAGUGUCCCGCUGGUAUUACGAUGCCCAAUACCUUUGCUGGCACCAACGGUGGCAGCAUGCUGCUUUUGUCGUCAUGGCCCUGAACUUGUUUCCGUUUAUACUCACGAUGUAUUUUACUUCGCUGCAGCUCUAUAAAGGCAAGAUUUCAGGAAAGAUAUUUCUACUUGCCAGCAUCCUACCUUUUCCUUAUCUCCUCUUUGUUUUGUAUCACCACGUAAAGAAAAAAAUAACCAGGAGACCGGACUAUCAAGCAAUCCCUUCAACUGCAAGCUCAGGUCAUGACGAGGAACAUGACUCAAACUCUUCCACAAGCAUCAAACAGUCACUACUUGAGGUUCUAUGCGGUCCAUUUACAAAGCCACAAGAUGACCAAUCAGACGGAAGGAUCUACUGGGAGAGCAUUCUCAUUGGUCGUCGAUUCCUCAUAAUUGUGAUUGGUUGGUGGCAGUUGGACCAUGCGCUUAUGCGUUCUGUGUGUCUGACGAUCCUUUGCCUCGUUUUCCUGUUGCAUCAUAUCUCCCAGAGGCCCUUCGUCCAGUGUCGUGCCAACAUCAUCGAAACCGUCUCCUUGGCAACCUUGGUCGUUGUAGGAGUACUAAACGUGGGCCUUGCAUCGGCAGGAAGUGACGUCAGCGGUAUCAAUCAACGGUAUUUCCGCAUUCUUUUGAUGUCAGAGGCAGUAUUACUGAGUGUUAUACCUCUUGUUUCCGUUACUUUCCUCAUCUUGUGCCUUCUUUCGCAAAUUGUACGGGUGGUGAUCUUCUUAUGGAAAGCUGCUCGAGCAAGAUGGUUAAAAAGAAAGUAUGACAUACAGUUGUCCGUCCAGGGUGAAGACGAGAGUUAGCUUCUUUCUACGUGAUCGUAAUAGAACUUUACGCAAGCUACUUUCAAGUUUUGAGUAAUAUCUAAUGAGUGUGAAAGUACCUUUAUGAGAAUGCUUGGAAAGGCUUAUCUAAAUAUUUCGUGAGUUUUUUUAACUACAGAUCAUGGGUAUCGCAAUUUGAAGAUCUUCUAAUUGUACAAACCACAUUACCUAUGUUACAGCGUGGUGUGUGUGCGUGUGUGUGUGUGUGCGUGGGGGGGGGCCCUUUGCGUUAGUCAUGUCCAUUGUAGGCGACUACCCUAUAUUGAUAAAUGCGCAUGCUCCGUCACUCCGCCUUUAUUUGAACUUUGAACAGUGCAGAGAAACCACGGCGUCCUGUGUGAAUCCACUAACCACAACUGCUUCUCCAAUUAAUAUUCAAAUUCUGGAUCGAUAAGUUUAAAAGCGAAGUCCUAAAAACACUAAAAUGUGCGACGCCUCAUUGGCGUAGUAUUUUUAUCAGAGCGCGUCAAAUGCCCAAUAAGAGCGCAAACCAAAUCCACACAGUCUUAAUUUCAGCCCAUUUUUCAUCCAUCAGUGAAAUUUACUGCUCUCAGAUCUCAGUAGUCAGUUGAAUACGCGUUCUUUUUUUAUCAGCAGUCUGUUCAAGUUUUGACAGAGUCUCAACCUUCAGUUGAGCCUCACCUAGAAACUUCACAUGCAAAAUGCUUAUGCGCUGGUCAGCGCACUUACCGAAGAGAGGAGUGACGGAGUGUGCUAAGGAUACUAACUGAUUUUAUUGAUUAGUAAUUACCUUGAUAACGUUUUUCCUCUUAGUUACGAUCUUCGUUACAAUGUUUAUUAAUGUUUAUUAAUGUUUAUUUGCUCAUCUAUUAUUCUUGAAACCCGACGCUUUAGCGUCCUUUUUGCGUCCCACGCACAUAUAAAAGACGACCUUGGCGUCCUUUCUUCAGUUUAUUUAGUAAUUCGAAGAAUCUUGACCUUUGCUCCCCUUGUAACUUUGUAACCUUUGGCGCCAGGGGAACCGCUAUGUAAGUUUAUUCUUUUAUUUUACUAAGGUUUAGUUUUCUUUUAUUUUGAUUAGAUAAAGACUAUUGUACUUUAUACCUUUUUAAUUGCUUUGUGAUAAGUGGCGAAAAUCACGCCUGGUGUUUACGACUGAAUGCCCAACUUUUAGUUUGACAACGCUUGGGCUAUUGACUGUUUGCGUGAAUCUCUUAACGUAGUCUUUUUUUGCCUUUUAUAUUUUUAUCGCGAUUUUGAGUUGUAAUUAAGUUAGAUUUGUUUUACAAGCCUUUAUCUUAUAUUUCGGAAGUUUUCGCCUCGAUUGAUAG